UGGUAGUGCACCAAGCAAUGACUACCUCUUUAAAAGUUCCUCCCACUUGCCACUAAUCCCCAGAGUGUGGGCUCAGAACGCGUUUUCUCUUUCCAACUACCCAGACAACUUGAACAGGACCUGGACAUACAGAAGAAAGGAAGACAGGGAAAAGGUAGAAAAAGAAAAAACAGGCCUUUGCACAGGCAACCAUGGGGAAGAGAGUCGCCAUCAUUGGAGCAGGUGUCAGUGGCUUGGCCUCCAUCAGGAGCUGUGUGGAAGAGGGGCUGGAGCCUACCUGCUUUGAGAGGAGCAACGACAUCGGGGGCCUAUGGAAAUACUCUGACCAUGCAGAGGAGGGCAGGGCAAGCAUUUACCAAUCGGUCUUUACUAAUUCUUCCAAAGAGAUGAUGUGCUUCCCAGACUUUCCAUAUCCUGAUGACUUUCCCAACUUUAUGCACAAUAGCAAGAUCCAGGAAUAUAUCACUGCAUUUGCCAAAGAAAAGAAGCUCCUGAAAUACAUACAAUUCAAGACAUUUGUGUCCAGUAUAAAUAAACGUCCUGAUUUCUCAACUACCGGCCAAUGGGAAGUUAUCACUGAAAAAGAUGGCAAAAAAGAAUCAGCCAUCUUUGAUGCUGUAAUGGUUUGUUCUGGACAUCACGUGUACCCCCACCUUCCAAAAGAAUCCUUUCCAGGAUUAAAAGAUUUUAAAGGCAAAUGCUUCCAUAGCAGGGACUAUAAAGAACCAGGUGCAUUCAAGGGAAAGCGAGUCCUGGUGAUUGGCCUGGGGAAUUCAGGCUGUGAUAUUGCCACGGAACUGAGCCACACAGCUGCACAGGUCAUCAUCAGCUCCAGAAGUGGCUCCUGGGUGAUGAGCCGGGUCUGGGACAAUGGCUAUCCUUGGGACAUGUUAUAUGUCACUCGAUUUGGAACCUUCCUCAAGAACAACUUACCGACAGCCAUCUCAGACUGGUUGUACGUGAAACAGAUGAAUGCCAGAUUCAAGCACGAGAACUAUGGCUUGAUGCCUUUAAAUGGAACCCUGAGGAAAGAGCCUGUGUUUAAUGAUGAGCUCCCCGCUUGCAUCCUGUGCGGCACCGUGUCUGUUAAGCCUAACGUGAAGAAGUUCACAGAGACCUCGGCCAUUUUUGAGGACGGGACUGUGUUUGAGGCCAUUGACUGUGUCUUUUUUGCAACAGGCUAUAAUUAUGCCUACCCCUUCCUCGAUGACUCUAUCAUCAAAAGCAGAAACAACGAAGUCACCUUGUUUAAAGGCAUCUUCCCUCCUCUACUGGAGAAGCCAACCAUGGCAGUAAUUGGCCUUGUUCAGUCCCUUGGGGCUGCCAUCCCCACAGCUGACCUCCAAGCCCGCUGGGCAGCACUAGUAAUAAAAGGAACUUGUGCUUUGCCCUCUGUGAAAGAUAUGAUGGAUGAUAUUGAUGAGAAAAUGGGGAGAAAGCUUAAGUGGUUUGGCAACAGUGAGACCAUCCAGACAGAUUACAUCGUUUAUAUGGAUGAACUUGCCUCCUUCAUUGGAGCAAAGCUCAACAUCCCGUGGCUCUUCCUCACAGAUCCCAAAUUGGCUGUGGAAGUUUUCUUCGGCCCUUGCAGCCCCUACCAGUUUAGGCUGGUGGGCCCAGGGAAGUGGCCAGGAGCCAGAGAUGCCAUCUUGACCCAGUGGGACCGGACAUUGAAACCCACAAAGACAAGAGUUGUUGGGACUCUUCAGAAGCCAGGCUUCUUCUUCCAUUGGCUCAAGCUCCUUGCUGUUCCUAUGCUGUUAAUUGCUGUCUUCCUUGUGUUGUUCUAAUCGUUCCCUCGAGGAUUUCUGAACGUUACCGACAAUACUCAGGCAAUUUCUGAACGUUACCGACAAUACUUCCUAUUUAAAAAUUAAGAUUUCUCACAUCUCCUACUCCUUUUUAAAUAAGCUCCUUUAAGAAUCAUGGCAUGAUCUAAAAAGAGCAUCAAUCACAUCUCUGUAGGCUCUUGGUAAUCAGAACUGUGUUCUUUAUGUCUAAUUUAAAUCAUUCCUGAAACAUUUUGACAUGAUUUCUUUUCCCCUGUAGAAAAUGUUUGAAAUAAACACUUCAACUUUAAACAAAGAGCAAAUUAAGCAAAAUAAUAUGAUAUUCCCAAGCUACAUCUACAAACCAUUUGCAGGAUAAAAGGGAGAGUCUGGCUACUGUA